UCCUUAGUUCUCAGUUCAUCGCCAUAUUUUCACUCUCCUUUAAAGUUACAGUGUAUUACAGAUAAAAUGUCCAUCCCUAGUGAAAUUAUAGCAGAUGAAUACCUUCAUACGGAUAAUGGAACUGGAUCUUUAUACAUUUUCAACGAUAAUAACCACAAAUAUCACUUAGAUGAUUCAAAGAAAGCAUUCGAACGUUGCGGUUUUAUCGUAAAAAAGGAGAAUCAAUUUCCCAUAGAUACCAAAGAAAACGUCCUAAAUACUUUAGAUAAAAUUGCAAGUGAAAAUCAUAAAGAUUCUACGAGUUUCGUAUUAUUAUUUUUCGGUACAAUUGAAAAUAAAAAUGAAGAAUACGUCACUGAGUCCGGUGAUAAAAUUCACGGAGUUGAAAUAUGGAGGAAGAUAAUGAAUUGUGAAACGUUAAAAUAUCGACCAAAAAUAUUUAUUUUUCAUGGGUUUAAAGAAAUCAAUACAAUCCAAACAGAUGCUAAAAGAACCACAGAAGUUACUUUACCAAAAUAUGAUAUUCCCAUUCAAUCUGAUAUAUUAAUACUUUACAAAGUUACAGUUGGUAUUGAUUCCACUUCAACCUAUUUUCGUAAUUUAUGGGAAAACAUGGUGAAGUACGGUAGUCGAGACGAUUUAACAAACAUAAUAUCAUAUACUCAACGUUCGAGCGAAGACGAUUAUCUACCAAUAACAGUUUCGACGUUGAGAAAAAAGUUUUUUGUCACUCCGAGUCAAUUUCGCCUGGAUUGGUACGAUAUCAAUAAGAGCACGGAAAGUAUUUUAAAAACUAUUACAAAAUUACAAGGGUCUAUUCACAAGUUGAAACUGCAAGCAAAUGGUAGCAGAGCGUCGUCUAUAAUUAGUGAAGAAGCAAUUAGUAUUUAUGGAAAAAAAAUUAGAAGCAAUAGUAAAAUUAUGAAUAUGGGUAUUCCAGAUUAUUCAAAAGUAAAGCCGAGAAUUAAUACUAAUUUAAAAAAAAAGUAACAUUAUUUAUUAUUAAUAUGUUUAUUUAAAUUAAUUGAUUUUCUAUUUUAAAAUUUAACCAUAAAAAUAAAUUUUUGUUAUAAAACUGGCAUAAAAGAUAGUUCUUUGAUCUUAACAUAAUAAGGCCAUUAUUUGUGAUCUAAAUGUACCA